GCAAGCUCACAGUUUCACUUCGCGAAAAUUUUCCACGGAACAAAGUCGAAGUCCCUCCACCAAAGAAGCUCUGCUGUAGCUGGUUUGAUCCUUGAAAAAAGUGUUUUUACUUCUUUAUCCAGACCUUCAUCGUCAAGAAAGCAUCUUUCAGGUGCGCGACCUCAAUUACAAGGCGUGUUCAUCUGCUUUAAUCGGAACACAAGAGCACUCGUAUUGAUUUGUGUGAUCAAGUGGGGGCUCUCAACAGCGAUGACAGAACUGAAUAUCGGACGCCAGGAAUGCGAAGGAUGCCAGAAACAUCUGGCAACGGUGAAACGCCUGUCGGAAGUCACGUACCAGCAGGCCAUAACCAUAAAAGACCAGCAGAACACUAUUAACCAACUGAUCGGCCAAAAAGGAGUGGGGACUGCCGCGGUGGCUGAGAGCAGUCCGGUGGUUGCGAAGACAUCGGGUGGACGACGAGCCCCCGCGAGUAACAGUAAUGGCAGUCUGGGAUCCAGGUACAAACCUGCUGCCCAUUCCCCCAAGCCGAAGAGCAAACGGCGGGCACCGCUGCCCGUUGCAGCGGAAGAGCCCAAAGUGGCUCGUGUGGCGAAGACGGAGAACAACAAUGACGAAGAAGAGGACACGGUGGAGGUGACCCGAAUUUGGAUCACCGGCACACCGAAUCCGCGCACCCGCUGUCCCCUGCCCGAGUGCGCUCACCGCGACUUCUCCGCCAAUGAUAUGUACCAUUUCCGGCGCCAUUUCACCCAGGUACACCGUCUGACGCAUCCCAAUCCCGAAUUCAUCCUGCAGUGUCCGGUGGAUAACUGCAUCGCGGAAUACGAGAAUUCCCUCAAGGAUAUUAAGGAGCAUAUGCGAAAAGAGCAUCCGGAGCUCUUCGAUAACGUCCAGAAGAACGUGAAGGUGUCCAAAUCCAAGAGCAAGAGUAAGAAGAAGAAGAGCCGCAAAGCGUCACCGGCGCGCGUCUCCGCGACCAGUCUGCCGCAGAAUGAGGAGGUGGAAGCGGAGGAGGACAACACCAUGGAGGAGCCGGAGGACGAACAGGAGGCGGAAACGGAGGAAAUGGAUGAAGAGUAGAAAUAUUAUUAUUGGGGAAUCUUUUUUUCUUUUUGUUGUAUGCACCUUUCAGGCUCGCACUGUUGAGUUUGUUGUUUAAUACGUUGCCGUUUGACUGAUGUUGGAGGAAACGCUCAGGAUUUCACGACUGCUUAGAUGACAAUUUUAAUCGUUUUCAUUUUAUGGUGAUUUUCCAGUUUUUACGACUGCUUCGCUGGAUGGAUGAAGGAAUGGCGGAAUUAAGGCUGAUCUUUGAGCUCUUUUACCAUUCCUCGGAUGACGCUUUUCCUCAGUUUUAUGGCUUCUGUUAUGUUAACUAACCUUUGCGUAAUUUGAAAAAAUAUAUGUACUUAUAUUAUCGUUAGCUGUUAGUGUGGCACCGUUCCGAUCCACGUCCAGAUUGCACGGAUUUUUGCACAUUAGUUUGCACAUUCCCGGCAUUGUUGCAGGUCACAAAGUUGAGAACUUAAUUAUAAGGUUUGUUUUAUCAUUGACUGCUGAAGUGAAAAAUU